GGCUAUAAAUUCCCCGACCUUUCUGCUCAAACAUUAUUUCACCAUGAAACCCGUGUCCGCGUUGCUCCUCCUGGUCGUCUACACCCAAGCCGCCAAGUUUCCUCCCAAUUUCAAAAAAUGCAACCGCAAAGAACCCGACCUGGACAAGUGUUUGAAGGAGGCGGCUCAAAUCGGACUCACUCAGAGCGUCAAAUACUACCCCCAAAUCGGACUGCCGAGUUUCAACCCCCUGGAAGUGUCAGAACUGAAAAUAGCACCUGGGAGCCAGUCGGUGGUGAACGUGGAACAGAAUUUCAAAAACUGUAAAUUCUACGGAAUUAACGAAGCCAAAAUUGACGAGUUUAAGUUUGAUUUUGAGGGGAAGUCCACCCAUGGCAGAGGGGUGAUUCCAGAAAUUAAAAUGUUGUGCGAGUACGAGGUGAACGGGAAGAUUCUGCUUCUGGCGGUUGUGGGGUCAGGACCCAGCACCAUCAUUCUGAAAAACGUAAACGUGACGGUGCAUUUUGACUACGAAGAAGUACCAAAAAAUGGGAAGACGUACGUUCAUUUUACUACCAACAAAGUGACUUUGGACCCGGAUUUUGUCUCUUUCAAUUUUGAGAAUCUGUUUAACGGGGAUAAGCAAUUAGGGGAUGGGAUUAAUAAAGUUUUGAAUGAGAAUUACAGGGAGGUGUAUGCUGAUGUGAAGUCGGGGUACGAGGAAGGUCUGGGUUUAGUAGUGCAGCAAAUUAUCAAUAAUAUGUUUUCGAAAGUAUCGAUGGAGGAGGCUUUGGAUUAGUUUUGAAUUUUUGUAAAGUAUUUUUAGGUAGAUUUUAAUAAAAUUUCAAAUACCAA